AACUCAUUUUUUAAUCAUUUUUGUUUAGGUAACUUUUAAGUGAUAAAUCAAGUCAUGAUGACGUCAUAAUGAUGUCAUUAUGAGUUUCAUGUUCUACCCGGGAUAUGUUCUAAUAAAAGAUUAACUUUGUGUUGUCUAUUCUGACUUCUCCUGAUACACCCUAUAGAACGCGUGAGUUUCAUUGACCGCUGUAUUGUCACUGAUAGAACUGGGAGGGAUAAGCAUGAAUUAUCUCUAAUAACAAUCAUAACACAUUUGAGAAGUAUUAGUUUACGUUGUAUCGCAUUGAGGCGCAUUCUCAUUGAUUUUGAUUAAGUUUGUUAAAUGAGAGACGUGCACGUGCACGACGAUGUGUCAAUAGUAAUCGCAGCCGGUACCGCGCGAUUUGUACGCGCGACGUCGUCGACGACGACGACAUGGCGACUGUCAAAGUAACGGAACAGAAGGUUAUACUGUGCGGCGAAUACGGCGUUGGCAAGACGUCUAUAUUCCGACGCUUUGCCAACAAUACGUUCGUUGCUAGUAGCGAUCGUAAAUCGACUCUGGGCCUCGACAAUAUCGAUAAGGAGUACGUCGUUGAAGACAGACGAAUUCGCUUACAAUUAUGGGACACUGGUGGUAUGGAAAGAGUAGCAUCUGUUACUUCGAGUUAUUACAAGUUUGCAGAGGCUGCUAUUCUAGUAUUUGCCCUGGAUAACUCAACAUCAUUUCAUUUAUUAUCCCAACACUUGCUUGAUAUUGUUACUUAUGCAGAAAAUGCAAAGAUAUUCCUUUGUGGAAACAAAAGUGACUUGGAGAGCGUUGCACCACAAGUUACAGAUGUAGAGAUGGAACAAUUUUGUGAACAAUGUCAUAAUCUGAUUUCGGGAAUAUACAAAACAUCGUGUAAAACUGGUGAAGGAAUAAAUGAGAUGUUUGAGGAUAUAGCGCAACAUUUGGUGGAAGCUAAUCGGUCGCGAAUGGAGCUUCACGAGAUGGAUAAGGAUAGAUUUAAAAUUUCCUAUAUCGAUGAAGCAGCUGAUCCGUCAUGUUUGUGUUAAUCUGUGAUCGCAAACAUAUGUAUAAUCUUUGAGAAUUUUCAAUGCUCAAUGCAGAUAAUAUUAUAAGGAAAAUCUUUUAUAUUAACAUCUAUCACAUGUGACUUUUCUAUGAGGGAAAGUCGUGAAAAAAGGGUGAGAAGAAUGUACAAGUGUAAUGCACAUAUAUGUAAUGCACAUAUAUAGGAUGUAUCAGGUCGAGUUUAACAUACAUGACAGUAAAGACUUUUAAAUAAAAAAUUAUUAUUUAUGUUAUGAAAAAUUAUAUUUCUUAAUUAAGCUUGAUUUAUUAAUGUAAUUUAUGAUCGAUAUUAUAUAUUUAAUCAAUAUACAUACUAUACAUACUUCAGGUUGUAAGACUAUACAAUAACGAGCACUAGUGCUGAGUCCAAUUAAUAGUUUUCAAAUCGAUACCAUCUUCCAUCAUCUCCCAUAAUGGACUGCAAAAUGAAGAUUAGAGUUUUGGCUCUUAUUCUUAACAUAAUAUCACGGCUAAUGUUAGAGAUAGAAAUAAUCACAUGAUCUCAUGAAACAUUCAAUAAUAAAGUUGUUCCCUCCAUAAAACGA